CACCGCGGCCGGCCGCUCUCCGCCGCGUUCCGCCACGGGCAAUUUUCGCAAUCGCGCCGCGGAAUCGCGGAGCGGCGUAAAAACUCGCGGGCAACGUUCGCGAUCGAUUAGACUCGCGGCGGCGGCGGCGGCGACGGCGGCGGCGGCGGCGGCUAAUGAACCUGAGUGCAGCGAUGCGAGCAGGCGCUACGGUCGACAUCGGCAGUCCAUUGCAGCAGCGUCUCGCGUAAUCACCGCGCGAUCACCGACUGCGCGGCCCCGUGACGCGAUAUCGGACCGUCCGUUCGGGAGAGCGCGGAUGCUCGUCGCCGCUGUUCCCACCGAAAGAUGCGGCGGUGCUGCCGACGGAGACGUCACCCCGUGCGAGUCGUGAACACGAGGCUGCCGAGGAAGAAUCGACGGACGAUCGAGGCUGUCCAGAAGGUCCAACGCGCUCCUUCGACCUGAGGCACGACAGAGGGAGAGAGAGGGAGAGGGAGAGAGAGAGAGAGAGAGAGAGAGAGAGAGAGAGAGAGAGUUGCGAUCGCACGCUCAUACGUGCGCAAUAAUACACGUAUUCAGUGUCAGUCGACGACGAGCUGCCGACGACGAGGACCUUCCUCGUGGUCGAUCGGUCGGGGCGGACGAGACACGCCGAUGGAUAUUCGCGGGUAAUCGCGGCUGGCAAGGUUCUUAGUCCGGUUUGUGUCGUUUGAACGAGCGACACGCGUCCGGAUGGUUCGCGUGAAUCCAAGCCGAGUCACACGGUAGCUCGACGUUGUGAUACUCAACGGCGUUUCUCCUCGCGACCGUCGAUAAUUAACCACCCCCGGGCUGAUUUCUCCUUGAGUGUUUCUCCUAUGAGUUUCGAGCAACGCGCAGCUGCAGUGGCAUAUUGCGAUCGGCCUUUUGUUCGCCGCUCGCGGCGACUACUUCACUUACGAAAAAGUCUGGCUUUAUCUGGCUGCACGAAAGAAUCGAGAUCAACCCGGAAGAGCGUCCGCGUUGCGAAACACAUGCUGCCUUGUUGAUUGACGAGACAAAUGUGCAAUUGACAUCAUGGACGAUGAUAUCGACGACAAAGACGACACGAAGCGGAAAUCGCGCAAUCUCAGCGAAAAGAAACGCAGAGACCAAUUUAACAUGCUCGUCAACGAGCUCGGCAGCAUGGUCAGUGCUAACACGCGAAAAAUGGACAAAUCCACGGUGUUGAAGUCGACAAUACUGUUUCUAAAGAAUCACAAUGAGAUAGCAGUCAGGUCGAGGGUACAUGAGAUUCAAGAAGACUGGAAGCCGUCCUUUCUCUCGAACGAGGAAUUCACGCACCUUAUAUUAGAGGCACUGGAUGGCUUUAUCAUGGUUUUCUCGUCAAACGGACGUAUUUACUACGUAUCCGAAAGCGUCACAUCCUUGCUCGGCUAUCUUCCGAACGAACUGGAGAGCACGACCAUUUACGACAUAACGUACCAAGAGGACCAGCCUCAUCUGUACAAUAUCCUGCUGAAUCCUAGCGGCGCGCGGGACAGGCAUCCCGUAAAGAAAGAGGACCAAAUAUCCUUCGCGUGCCACAUCAAACGAGGCGGACUCGAUUUUCGGGAGGACUCCGUCUAUGAGCUUGUACAGUUUAUCGGAUACUUCCGUUCAGCGGUGGACAACGACGUUGACAAUCUGCUAGCGAGUCCGAAGUUUAGUAAUACCAGCGGAUCAGACAACAAGUAUUUUACCUCCGACCUCCGCGCAAAUAAGAUACAAAGAUUGGUCUUUGUGGGUACGGGUCGUCUUCAGACUCCUCAGCUUAUCCGAGAGCUAUCCGUGACGGACAACGCAAAGUCGGAAUUCACGUCCCGCCAUAGCCUCGAGUGGAAAUUCCUGUUCCUGGACCACAGAGCGCCGCCCAUCAUCGGUUACCUGCCCUUCGAGGUGUUGGGCACUUCCGGUUAUGAUUAUUACCACGUGGACGAUCUGGACAACGUGGUCACGUGCCACGAAUCGCUGAUGCAAAAGGGCGAGGGAACGUCCUGCUACUACAGAUUCCUCACGAAGGGCCAGCAGUGGAUUUGGCUGCAGACCAGGUUCUACAUCACGUACAAUCAGUGGAACUCGAAACCUGAAUUCAUCGUGUGCACGCAUUACGUGGUCAGUUACGUCGGCGUAAUGAAGGAAUUGCGCGCGGAAACGGGGGGUUACGAUAAAACGCAAAGUCAGGAUGUUUUAUUGCCUGUAAAACAAGUGACCGCGUCCUGUCAGACACCGCUGGCGCAAUGGCCGAGCAAGUCGUCGAAGACGUCAAAGUCGAUUACGGUCGGCUCUAAUCUGCGACAUCGCGGCGACGGCUCCAACACGUCCUCGAUAUCCGUCUCGUUGCGGAGCUCGCCGCAAUCGCAAAUAACGCACGGGUCGUGCUCCAACGCAGCCUCGGCGAGCAGCUCCGUCGUGUCGAAGCCGAUUACGUCGGUGGACAGCAGGCAGCAGCAGCAGCAGCAGCAGCAGCAACAGCAGCAGCAGCAGCAACCGCCGCAGC